GUGGUAGCAUGGACGGCCAUGAUCUCAGGCUAUGCUAAGAAUGGGGAAUCUGGUGAGGCAAUUAAGCUUUUUCACAUGAUGCCGGUUGAUGUUGUGAAGCCAGAUGAGCAUGCAUACAGUGAUGGCUGGUUAGUAGAAGUGGUACUACACCAUCUUGGCGCUGAAGAUGGAAACAUUGUGAUAGCUAAAGAUAUCAGGUUUGGCUUUGCUUUGGCAUCACUUUCUCCAAUUUUUCUUUUGGUAUUCAAGCACACUAUCUGGUGCAUCUGUAUCCUUCUGCUUGCAUUUGUUUCUUACAAAAUUCAUGGUUCUUUAAGGCUUUCAGACUUCCCUAGGAGGUUGCAUCUAUAAUGGGUGAGCUGAGCUUGUUAAAAAGCUGAAAUGUAAGUUUGAUGUCACAAUUCUG